UGGCGACUUCGUUCAUGGGGAAGUUGGUAGUUCCAGAAAACGUAAAGUUGUCUAACCCGACAGAAGCUAUAUACUCCCUCAUCGACAGUCCGAGUCGAUCGAGAAGUCCAGCUAAGCUGAACUACAAACCACCAACUCCUCCGAGAAGUUUCAAACGGAAAUCGUCUCCGAAGUCUUACAACUCACCUCCGCCUGCUACGCAUAUCUCUACUCCAACGCUCUCUUCUAGUUCUGCAUCCAAUUACUCGUCAAACUCCCCCUACCAGCCUGUAGCGAAACCCACAUACAAACCUACGACGUAUUCUGCGCCUUACAAGGCGAGUUAUGCUACGAACUAUUACAACCCGGAAGAAAACGAUCAGAUGAAUUCGUACGAUAGUAAUUCCCAAGACUCUUAUCACAUUCCUGGAGCCAACCCGCCUCCACCCGAGGUGUACCCGAAUCCAAGAAACCCUUCCCCCACCUUCUCCGACUCGAGAAAUGGAUCCAACCCUCCUUACAACAAUCCACCACCAGACUAUAUACCGACGACAAACACUUCCACCUACGAUACGGGGAAAUCUUCGAGGAAAUACUCAGGAUAUGACGAACCACCUGUGGUUCCUCCUCCGCCUGAUUAUUCCGUUCCCCCUCCCACCGAGGAUUAUAGACCUUUCUACUCAUCCAACAACCUAACCGUUCCACCUUUACUGGGGGAAGAUUGUCCACCCACCAAUGUGAACGGGUUGGAUAGUUUCUUACAGUCGGAGAAUUCACUCAAUGAAGAUUCUUCUGCCCCGGCACAAAUGGGCUCUGGUAGUGGCUUCAGCAGCUUUAUGGGAAAUCUGAAUUUACCGUUUGAUUUCCAGAAAGGGCUUUUUUCCGAGAGUUGUGACGAUACACCCGCUUCGCCACCACUCGAAGGACUUGAUGACAAUACUUCCCACUACUUCUCUGAUUCUAAUCAAGAGGGCGGGAAACCAAUAGAAGUGAUAAACAGAACUAAACAGCCAGAUCUGAGUGAGAUACUGAAGGCUAUCAGUAUGCAGCCCCCUCCUGCUCCCCGGGGGGAUUUGGAGAUUCCAACAGUUCCCCCCAUCACAUUACCCCCGCCACCACUGCCCCCCACCACCCUGGCUGAGCCACCUCUUCUACCUCCCAAGUUUCCCACGUGGGGACAAGGUGAUAACUGGCCUGACACUCCUGCUUCGCCUCCUCUCUACGAGAAAUCUGGGUUUGGAGGGCCAGCUGAGUUUGAAGAACCAGAUUCAUUGACACUUGGUGACACGGAUACUGAUAUGAGGUCUGUUCGGGUACAAGGCGACAUUGACCACCGCAACCUCAUCAGUUUGACGUCAUCACCUCGGGACGAGAACCCCUGGGCCAACAACCAGGACACCGACUACAGAAAAAUGGCACUGGCUCCCAAACGAGGUACUCAAGAUGUGAACGUGGAAAGUGUGGACAUGGAGAUGAGUUCUGAUGAGGAAAUGGACACUGAGUCAAAGACCCAGACGCAAACGAGUGUCUCCUUCUCUUUGGCUCCGAGUGUCAAACCCCUGGUCGACUCUCCGCUGAAGGAGAGGGAAGAGCCGAAAAAGAAACUGUUGAGUGUCACGUUGACUCCGCCGCCAAAGUUACCUGAACCCCCUCCGCUUCCGGAUGUGGACGAAAUCUUUACAGAGAUCAACGAAACUAAGAAAUUGACGCCACCACCUCUGCCUCCGCCUGUGCCGCCAAGCUUGGUGCAGCAGAUACCGACACUGCAAGAGCCGAAUGCCCCCCGAGGACCGUUCCCUCCGAGGUUCAACAAUCCGAGGCCGAGGUUUCCUCAAUGGCAGAAUAACCAGAGUCCGAGGCCGAGACAACCCCCCAUGGUCGGUCCGAGGUUUCGACCUGAUGGCAACUUCCGAGGACGUCCGCCGUGGUUUCGCGGAAACCGACCUCCACGAUUUGGCGGAUGGUAAGUUUUGAGGCUGUUUUGUAAAGAUAACGUUGUAAAUAAGUACAUUAAUGUAUAUAAGACUGUGUAGCGUAAGGUUUUAACGUUUUAACCCUUUGUGGUUGAAAUGAUGUCGAGAACGCCCCAAGUUAUUAUUUCGUGAUGAAUAUGCA